CUGAAAAAGAUGGAGGACGAGACUUUAGCUAAUUAUCUCCCCAAUUUAACGUAAAUCACCAAGAGAUAUUUAGUGAGUAAUAAGUCAGAUAGGUAGUUAGUUGGUGAAUUGCUACACGUCUUUAAGGACAAUGUAUAAGCAUCACCAGCGGAGAGGAAGAGGAGGAGGAGGAGGAGGAAGGAGAGGUUGUGUCAGGUGGAAACGGGGACCUCUAUGGAUAUCAUCAUCUCCCUCCACCGGCUCGCAUCCUCAGCACCGACAGCAUCUCCCGGCCGGCGGUCACCGCUGCAGGCUCCCAGCGCCUUUUUCGUGCGUCAAGGCGUUGUAUUUCCACGGUAGAGACUCGCCGGGCUGCUUCUGUAAUUACCCUGACAAACCGCUUCUUCCUGUUAAAAGGACUUACCGAGGGAAGACCCUGCUGGAAUAAAAGCGGAGCGUCAGUCUCCUCCAUUGAUAAACCGCUCUUCUCAUCGAUUUAGCCCAACGACGUCUUGGUAUAAGAGGAGGACAAAACCAAUCCAACAAACUGACAGCGAAGCUGAAGGGCGUCGGGCGCGAUGGCUAAUGCCUCCCCAGACCUGGACAACGCGGAAGCCCAGCGCCAGCUCAACAACAACAACCGACCGAUUGGCUCGGGGUUCUGGGAGACGGAGUGUACCAGCUCCAAGCUGUUCGAGUGCUCCCGCAUCAAGGCCUUGGCAGACGAACGUGAUGCGGUGCAGAAGAAGACUUUUACCAAAUGGGUUAACUCCCAUCUGUCCAGAGUGUCCUGUCGCAUAUCUGACCUGUACAACGACCUGAGGGAUGGAUACAUGCUCACCAGACUGCUGGAGGUCCUCAGUGGAGAGCUGCUGCCGAGGCCUACACGGGGUCGUAUGAGGAUCCACUGCCUGGAGAACGUCGACAAAGCCCUCCAGUUUCUUAAAGAACAGAGGGUCCACCUGGAAAAUGUUGGUUCCCAUGAUAUCGUGGAUGGAAACCACCGCCUUACCCUGGGCCUUAUCUGGACCAUCAUCCUACGCUUCCAGAUCCAGGUGAUCAAAAUAGAGACGGAAGACAACCGAGAAACUCGCUCUGCCAAGGAUGCCCUGCUGCUCUGGUGCCAGAUGAAGACCGCAGGGUACUCUGAGGUCAACAUCCAGAAUUUUACCACCUGCUGGAGAGACGGCCUCGCCUUCAAUGCCCUCAUACACAGACACAGACCUGACUUGAUAGAGUUCCACAAGCUGACACGAUCCAAUGCAACUCACAACCUCCAGCAAGCCUUCAACAUCGCUGAGCAGCACCUGGGUCUCACCAAACUCCUUGACCCUGAAGAUGUAAACACAGAAAACCCAGACGAAAAGUCCAUCAUCACUUAUGUGGUCUCUUACUACCACUAUUUCUCGAAGAUGAAGGCACUUAUUGUGGAGGGCAAGAGGGUUGGCAAGGUACUGGACAACUGUAUUGAGGCAGAAAACAUCAUCAACCGCUAUGAGGGUCUGGCGUCUGACCUGUUGGACUGGAUAGAAAAGACAAUCGCGGUCAUCAGCAACCAGAAGUUCGCCAACUCAUUGACGGGCGUUCAGCAGCAGCUGCAGGCCUUCACAACAUACUGCACUAUAGAGAAGCCCAUCAAGUUUCAGGAGAAAGGGAAUCUCGAGGUCCUUCUCUUCACCAUCCAAAGCAAACUCAGAGCCAACAACCAGAAACCCUACGUGCCUCAUGAUGGGAAACUCAUCUCAGACAUCAACAAGGCCUGGGAGAAGCUAGAAAAGGCGGAACAUGAGCGGGGUGUGGCUCUGCGCAAGGAGCUGAUUCGUCAGGAGAAGCUGGAGCUGCUGGCUCAGCGUUUUGACCACAAAACCACCAUGAGACAAGCGUGGCUCAAUGAGAACCAGAGACUUGUAUCGCAGGACAAUUUUGGCUAUGACCUACCAGCAGUCGAAGCAGCAAUGAAGAAACACGAGGCCAUUGAGGCGGACAUUGCGUCAUAUGAAGAGCGAAUCGGUGUGGUGGUGGAGCUUUCCGCAGAGAUGGAGGCAGAAGGAUACUAUGACAUCCGGCGCAUCUUGGCACGGAAGGAGAACAUCUUAGGCCAGUGGAGUCUGCUGAAGGAGCUGGUGGCUGGGAGGAGGACCCGGCUGGAGAAGAAUCUGGCCCUGCAAAAGACUUUUCAGGACAUGGUCUACAUGAUCGACUGGAUGGAGGACACACAGGUCCAGCUCUUGUCAAAGGACUUUGGGAAACAUCUUCUGGAGGUGGAUGACCUGCUGCAGAAACACAGCCUGCAGGAAGCUGACAUUACAGUGCAGGCUGAGAGGGUCGAGACACUCAACACUGCUGCACUCAAAUUCACUACAAUAGAAGGUUACCAACCGUGUGACCCACAGGUGAUCUGUAACCGUGUCAACCAUGUCUCUUCCUGUCUGGAGGAGCUGAAACAACUGGCAGCUAAAAGACGCUCUGAGCUUGAGGAGUCGAGACAACUGUGGGCUUUCUUUCAGGAGCUGGAGGAGUCGGAGGGCUGGAUCAGAGAGAAGAGCUCCAUCUUGGGAGCUCAGGGUUAUGGGAAGGACCUGAGCAGUGUGCUUAAGUUACUACAAAAACACAAGACUCUGGCUGGAGAACUGCUGGCUCACCGGUCACUGCUGCAGAACACCAUGAAGAGAGGAAAGCAGAUCCUGAGUGAGAAGAGCUUUGGCACGGCAGGUAUCCAGGAGCACAUCAUGGAGGUGAAGGGGGAGUGGAAGAGGCUGGAGGACCAGGCCGCGCAGCGUCUCGGCCACCUGCAGGAGGCACUAAACUUUUUUCAGUUCUCCACCGAGACCGACGACUUGGUGGCAUGGCUGCAGGACGCUUACCGCCUGGUAUCCAGCGAAGACUUCGGACAUGAUGAGUACUCCACCCAGUCCCUGCUGAAAAAACACAGAGGGGUCAGCGAGGCCAUCGACAAACAUCGUCUGCAUGUAGUGGCACUGCGCAAACACAUGGUGGCGUUGCCUUUGCAGUACCGUGAACAGGAGGAGGUACAGAUGCGCAUGGGAGAGGUGGAGCAGCUUUAUACCGAGGUGAUUGAGGUGGCUGUGCUCAGACAGCAGUGGCUUCAUGAUGCUCUCGCCGUCUACCGCAUGUUCAGUGAGGUCAAUGCCUGUGAGCUGUGGAUUGAUGAGAAGGAACAGUGGCUGGACAAGAUGGAGAUCCCUGAGAGACUGGAGGACGUGGAGGUGGUGGCUCACAGGUUUGAGAGCCUUGACCAGGAAAUGAACAGCCUGAUGGGAAGGAUUUUGGACGUUAACCAGAUAGUUCAGCAGCUCCUGGAUGGAGGUCAUCCUUCUUCUACAGAAGUCAGAGGCUGUCAGGACCACCUCAACUCCAGGUGGAACAGCAUCGUGGAGCUAGUGGAGCAGAAGAAAGAUCAGCUGGACUCGAUGUUACGCUUGCAGAACUACCUGCUGGAGUGUGCUGAGAUCAAGUCCCAGAUCCAGGACAAGAGAAAAGCCAUCGAUGCCACUCAGUACAUGGGCAGCGACCUGGGAGGAGUCCUGGCUCUGCAGAGACGCCUCUCCACAAUGGAGGGAGCCCUAUCCGUCCUGGAGCCCAAACUACUACAUCUACAGGAAGAGGCGGAGCAUCUGGCCACUGUCCACCAAGGUCGGGCCAUGGAGGUUCUUGUGCCGUUCGAUGGCAUCAGUUUGGAGUGGGAAGAGCUGAAACGCACCCUGCAGGGCUGUGAGGACUCGCUAAUGGUAGCAAGCAGGCUGCAGAGCUUUAUACAGGACCUAGACUCGUUUCUCACCUGGUUGGUCCAGACUCAGACAGCGGCCGCCUCAGACCAGCUGCCCAACGACCUAGAGGAGGCUGAGAAACUCAUCAACAAACAUGCUGCCCUAAAGGAGGAGAUCGGACGGUAUGAAGAGGACUAUGAGCGCCUCCAGGCCAUGAACGAGCUGCUGGAGUCUGAGGAGGCUCCUCUCCCUCAGGCUGCCCUGCAGCAGUGGCUCCAGAAGCUUGAUGUCGGCUGGAACAAGCUGCUGGAGAUGUGGGAGAGCAGGAGAGAGGUUCUGGUCCAGGCUCACAUUUUCCACUUGUUUCUGCGAGAUGUCAAACAGGCCGAGUCCUUCCUCAACAACCAGGAGUCAGCCCUGGCUCACGUGGAGCUGCCCACCACGGUGGAAACAGUCGAAGCCGCCAUCAAGAAGCACAAGGACUUCACCACCACAAUGGAGCUGAACCUGCACAGGAUCAAAGCGGUGAUCGAGGCCGGAGAGAGUCUGAUCAGCCAGAGUAACAUCUACUCUGAACGCAUCAAGGAGCGUAUCGACACCCUCGCCAAAAGGGGAAACCAGAACCGAGAGCUAGCACAUCAGUGGCUUGAAAAACUGAACGACCAGUGGGAACUUCAGCGGUUUCUUCAGGACUGUCACGAGCUGGGGGACUGGGUGUGUGAAAAGAUGCUGAUGGCGCGGGACAGCAGCCGAGACGAGACCCAGAAGCUUCAUAAGAAAUGGCUGAAGCACCAGGCCUUCAUGGCCGAGUUGGCCCAGAAUAAGGAAUGGCUGGAUAAAAUUGAAAAGGAGGGGCAACAGCUGAUCCAGGAGAAGCCGGAGCUCAGCCCAGUGGUCCGGAAGAAGUUGGAGGAGAUCAGGGAGUGCUGGCAGGAUCUGGAGAGCACCACCCAGGCCAAAGCCCGUCAGCUCUUUGAGGCCAACAAGGCAGACCUGCUGGUACAGAGCUACGAAAGUCUGGACCAGAGACUCGGCCAGCUGGAGGGUCAACUGGCCUACGUGGACCAGGGACAGGACCUCACAACUGUCAACAAGCAGCUGAAAAAACUGCAGACCAUGGAGACCCAGAUGGAGGAGUGGUAUAAGGAAGUGGGGCAGCUCCAGGGGCAGGUGGCCACUAUCCCGCAGCAGACGCAGAUCAAGGAGACGGUUGCCGGUCGUCAGGCUGCUGUAGAGGCCAGGAUGGUGCGUCUGAUUGAGCCGCUGAAGGAGAGACGACGCAUCCUGCUGGCGUCCAAAGAAGUUCACCAAGUUGGACGAGACCUAGAGGAUGAGAUUUUGUGGAUCCAGGAGCGCCUCCCGAUGGCCAUGUCUCAAGAGCACGGUUCCACUCUGCAGGCAGUCCAGCAGCUCAUGAAGAAGAACCAGACACUUCAGAGGGAGCUGCAGGGCCACAGGAGCAGGAUCGACGACGUCCUGGAAAGGGCGGGAAUUAUCGCAUCCAUACGCAGUCCUGAGGCCAACUGCAUCAGGGCGGGCCACGACCAGCUGGCCCAGCUGUGGGGUCUGCUCUGGGCUGAGACUGAGAGGAGGCAGCUCAUCCUGGAUGCUAUGUACCAGGCCCAGCAGUACUACUUUGACACGGCCGAGGUGGAGGCCUGGCUGAGCGAGCAGGAGCUGCACAUGAUGAACGAGGAGAAGGGGAAGGACGAGCCGAGCACUCUGCAGCUGCUGAAGAAACACUUGGUCCUGGAACAGACCAUUGAGGACUACGCUGAAACCAUCGGCCUGCUGUCACAGCAGUGUCGACAGCUGCUGGAGAUGGGACAUCCGGACUGCGAGCAGAUCAGCAAGCGUCAGUCGCAGAUCGACCGUCUAUACGUGUCUCUGAAGGACCUGGUGGAGGAGAGGAAGAGCCGUCUGGAGCAGCAGUACUGGCUUUACCAGCUCAACAGGGAGGUGGAUGAGCUGGAGCAGUGGAUCGCUCAGAAGGAGGUGGUCGCCAGCUCGCCUGAACUGGGUCAAGACUACGAGCAUGUCACUGUUCUUCAGGAGAAGUUUACAGAGUUUGCAUCAGAGACGGGAAGUGUGGGGCAGGAGCGGGUGACGGCCGUCAACCAAAUGGUGGAUGAGCUCAUUGACUACGGCCACUCGGAGGCCGCUACCAUUGCUGAAUGGAAAGAUGGGGUGAAUGAGGCCUGGGCCGACCUGUUGGAGCUCAUGGAGACUCGGGCACAGAUGCUUGCUGCUUCACACCAGCUUCACAAGUUCUUCUCUGACUGCAGAGAGGUUUUGGCCCAGAUAGAGGACAAACAUCGAAGGCUGCCGGAAGUUCGGGCUCGGCAGGGCAGCACUGCCAACACCAGCACCCUGCAGAGACUCCUGCACAGCUUUGAACAGGACAUACAGCUGCUGGUCACGCAAGUGCGUCAGCUGCAGGAGAGCGCGGCCCAGCUGAGGACAGUGUACGCUGGUGAGAAGGCCGAAGCAAUCGCGUGCCGCGAGCAUGAAGUGAUGCAGUGCUGGAAAGAGCUGCUGACAUCCUGCGAGGAGUGUCGAUUACAGAUUACCACUGAGACAGACAAGCUAAGGUUCUUCAGCAUGGUCCGAGAUCAGAUCAUAUGGAUGGACUCUAUCAUCUGUCAGAUAGGGACUGGAGAGAAGCCCAGGGACGUGUCGUCAGUGGAGGUGCUGAUGAAUUAUCACCAGAGUCUGAAGAGCGAAGUGGAGGCUCGAAGCCGGAGCACCCUGGAGUGUAUCGAGAUGGGCAAAACGCUGCUGGCUGCAAGAAACCCAGCAGCUGAGGAGAUCAAGGAGAAGCUAGACAAGGUGGUUGCUAAGCAAUAUGAGCUGUCUGAGAAGUGGGACAAGCACUGGGAAUUCCUACAGCAAUUGUUGGAGGUUCACCAGUUUGCCCAGGAGGCGGUGGUGGCGGAGGCGUGGCUGACUGCUCAGGAGCCGUUUAUCAGCAGCAAGGAGCUGGGCGGGAGCGUGGACGAGGUGGAGCAGCUGAUCCGGCGACACGAAGCAUUUCGCAAAGCUGCCGCCACUUGGGAGGAACGAUUCAGCUCACUGCGACGACUCACCACGGUAGAAAAGUUGAGAGCAGAACAAAGUAAACUACCCCCGACCCCUCUGCUGGGUCGUAAAGUCUUCCUGGACCCCCAAGAUGCCUCACCCAGUCAAGCCGUCCUGCCCCGACUCCCGAUCUCCCCCGUAACAAGACAGACCAUUUACGAACAGAACGAAGCCAGCUCUCCUCCCUCGCCCUCACCUGCCACGCCUACACCCUCUCCUUCGUCUGUGGCUCGCCGGCUGGGCUCGACAGUCGCUAACUACACUCCUGUGAUGAAUGGCUCCAGCUACCGACACACCCUGGAGGCGCGUCACGGUGGUGUAGUGGGCGUGGCUGCUGGACUAGGCGUGCCCUCACCUUCCUCGAUUGCCUCAGUUGCCACAGCGGCCAUGUUGGUCUCAGCCAACCAGGCACGAGAGAGCACCAGUGUAAUGAAGGAUCAAGUAGUAAAGACAAUGAGUCAUCUCCAACCAGUACAAGCAGCAAAGACACUGGAGGCUAAAUCAUCCCCGUAUCUAAGGCAACCCAAGAUCAAACACUUGGAUGAUGCAGUGACACCUCUUCUUGUGGCCAGCCGGCUUGAGAAGGCGAGGGAAAGGGGGAGGGAGAGAGAGAUUAUGAUGGGAGAGAUAGGCACAGAGAAAGCGGAGGUGGCAGUGAUGGCUGAGGUGGUGCUUCAGGAGCCGAGGGAGCGCCUGCACAGCGAGCCCACCAGAGGGCCACGGGGGUCCAGGACUGACCCAUUAGGCCACGCAGAGCCGCAGGUCCAGACCCACACUCACCACAGGGACCACAGGAUAGAAAGGCAGCUGUCGAGCGAGCAGUUGAUCCAGGCACGCAGAGACGAGUUGCCACAGGAGGUGUGGAGGGAACACGCCGAGAGGCGGGACAGACGGACGCUGGAGAGGCAAACAUCCAGUGAGCAGGAGGGCCAUGGCAGCCAUGAGGGCCGGCGGAGAGAGAGGGACCGACACCGGCUGGAGAGACAGGAGUCCAGUGAGCAUGACACUGGGAAAGAGCACUCAGACAGACGUUCAGCAGGAGGAGAAAAGAGAUCCACGCUCGCAGAAAUUGUAGAGCAGCUGCAAGAAAGAGAAGCAGCACAGGCCCGUGGUGAGGUGCCCCGCCUGCCUAAUGGGAUACCAGAAAAGUCUUCCCGUCCCGAUCGGCCUCGAGCUCGGGACAGACCCAAACCACGGCGCCGACCACGACCCAAAGAGCCAGGAGAGGCAACGACGCGGCGAUCCAGGUCUGCUCCGGCCCAGAGCAGCCCGGCAGUGCCCCAGCCGCCGACACACACCGCACACCACGAGGGCUUCCUUUUCCGCAAGCUGGACAUCGAGAGCCUGAAGAAGAGCACCAAUAGCAGGUCUUGGGUCAACCUGUACUGCGUGCUGAACAAGGGGGAGAUGGGUUUCUACAAGGACGCCAAGAACACCACCACGCCCUAUAACAAUGAGCCACUGCUCAACCUGUCCCACUGCCACUGCGAUGUCACCAACGGCUACAAGAAGAAGAAGAACGUCUUCACGCUCAAAACGAAGGACGGCAGCGAGUUUUUGUUUCAUGCAAAAGAUGAGGAGGACCUCAAAGCGUGGGUGAACAACAUCACCGCCAGUAUUACGGAGCACGAGGAGAUUGCCAAAUGGGGUCAGCCCCAACCAACUACCUCAUCCACUGACGAGGGCACGCGCCGCGACGGCAGCAAGGCGGACAACCGGUCAGAGCGAGGCGGCUCAGACCGGAUCGAACGAGCAGACAAAGACAAGGAGAAAGAGAGAGAGAAGGAGAAGGAGAGGGAGAGAGGCGAACGGUCGGAGAGGUCAGAUCGAGGCGGGAAGUCAGAUGCGAAGCGCUCUGAAAAGUCGGGUAAGAAAAAGUGAACCAGGUGACGGAUUGGUCAGGAAUGAAACGUAUAAACUCCGGAUAGGAGGCGGGGCCAUAGACUGGUAGUGAACGCCCCCCUCCUUCUCUCCGCCUCCAACACUGUCAACUAAGUGGUUGUGUUCGGAUGGAAAGUGACACACAGGACAGAAGGAUUGAACCAGGCUCGCUCAUAGGACUGACAGGACGGAUUUGGAGCAGGAGACAUCUUUCUCUUUCUCUCUCUCGCUCUCUCUCUUCUUCUGUGUCUCUGUGAGAACACACAGAGUCACUGACGCUCCGCCUGCGUCCCUGGUGGCUGUUUCAGAGAACUGCAGAGAGUUUUGUGCUGCUGAACGCCGGGCAGCGUUAACAUGAGAGAGAGACAGGACAUGUUAACUCAAAGGCUGUUACUGAUUGCUGGUAGUGCGAUAAAAACGUAGCUCAUUCUGUUCCAUGUUUGUUUUUUUCUAUGAGAUGAGCUGUAUCUGUAUGUAUUUCUCGUCUGUCUGUCCUAUCUACUGUAUCUAUCUGUCUGUCUGUAAGUCAAAGACAUCCUACACUAAUGUCUUAUUACUCCGCGGAAAUCGAAAGAGAAUGAAAUUAUGCCAAAAUGUUUUACAGACACACAAACUUAGAAAAAACCUUUUUGUUAACUGUUUCCUCCACUUUUGUCCGAUCUGUCUCGAGGUCUGGCCGUGAAAAAAUGUGGAAUUUAAAACUGGUUUUACUUUGUUAUCUAACACAUUCAUCCAAACUCACCAUGGAUGACUCAACACUGAUGAACAGCUUCAGUAUUGUGCUGAUUCUAGGAAGGUGCGAACAUGAUGAUUUAAGACGAAAGAAGAGUAGAUGGCCGACCAGGGAGACAAACUUUAAAAUAAUCAGGUGUACAAAUCCAAGUCGAAAUUAUUGUUUUGAAAUUAAUAGAAGCUUGACAUUUUGACAUUAACUCUGAAAUUGUGUGGACAUUUUCUUACAUUAUAGGUUGAAAUCUGUCAACGAAUAGCAAGCGGAGCAGCUUCUUUUUGUUUAUAAGGAGUUGAUUUAGGAUUUACUUUAAGACAGACGGAUCAGAGGAUUCGGCGUAAAGACUACAGGAGAGUAUGGUCACUGCAGCCACUUGGACAAAUGUAUAUUAUAAAAUCAUAUGUACAGUUCUUGGUUCAGUGAUCAGGGCACGAUUUUAAUAGAUCUGAUGCUAGACUCUGGUUCCCAGGGGCCUCAUUCGUCAAAAUGUUGUUUGAUUUAAUUAAGAUAAAUGUUCAAAAUCAGAAGAAAAUAUAGCAUUAUUUUUGGGUAACUGUACAGGCUAAGAUUUAGGUUUUGAUAUCUCAAAGGAAAUUUGUGAAAUUCAUUGUCAACUUUCAGAUUUUACCAUCGAGAUCAGUUGUACAUAAAUCCAUAAGUUACAUGUUUUGGCUUUGGUCACAAGCACAAAAUCACGCGCCCGGCACGCUGCUGAUGAAUGAGGCCCCUCAGGCUGAAAACAGGCCGCGUCUACUCUUUUAUUCUCUUACAACAUCAAACCGCUCGUCAGAUAUUCUCUUUGAGUUAUUUACACAAAUAUGUUGCAUCUUUUUUUAUAUAUACAGAAUUCAAAAUAUUUAGUUUUUGUGUGUAUGUGUGUGUGUUUGUGUGUGUGUGUGUGUGUGUGUGUGUGUGCUGCUGCUCUCCGCUCCCAGGGUCUCCAUAGCUCUCAGGUUAUUUAUGUUAGUGUGUGCUCACCGUGUGCUUCACAUGUCAACGUGUUUGUCCCCUCAGACGCCACCUCAGUCUUCCAGACGUGUCCGAUCACACACACACACGCACACACACACACACACACGCACACACACACAUAUAUACAUGCACAUACACAGAGGAAUAUAAGUCAGCAAUGUCAAAGGUCAUCAAACUGUCCAGAUCAACAUCCCAUCGGUGUUAAAUUAAAAGGGAAAGAAUGAAUGAAUUUACAGUGAAUGGACUGACACACUGUUGAGAGGCAGAAUAUCAGACUGACCAAAUAUUUAGUAAAAAAAAAAAAAAAAAGAAGAAGAAGAAGAAGAAGAAGGGGGUUUAAACUGUCUGUGAGUUGUCAGAUUGCAUGUUUUGCUUGGAGAGAAAUCACUCGUCACACGAAGCUCGUCUUUGCAGCCCGCUGACUCGGCAUCCACACAUCGGUUUAUGUUACAUUUUCCUGUAAACUCACCACAAAGCCAUAAACGACAGGGCAACAAGGGCGAAAGAAAAGAAAGGAGAGAACUGUCUUAUAAACUUAUAGAUGCAGCUGGGGAAUUUGGGGAAAACUGGUAGGAGCAUCCUGGUCACUUACUGGGUCGGAUAGCAUUUAAAAUCCUUCUUAAAAUCCUUUCAAAUAGGAAUUCUGUUUCUACUGCUACUGUAUGAAAAACUUCAUUUCAUUUCAGUUUAUUCUUUAGUCAAAGUCCAGCUGAAACUACAAAGUACACAUCUGCUCUUUAAAUGGCCUCCUGUUUUCAAUCAGAAACCAAAGGUAAACAUUUAUAUUUUGUACAUUUUGGUUUCGUCAUAGUUCUUCUCAGUUUGCAUUAGUUUGUUGAACUACAAUUGGGGUUCCAGUCUGUGGAGAUGGAGCACUUGUUUCCAUAUAGCCGGUAAAAAUGUUUCAACCAUUUGUUAAAGCACAAGACAAUACAGGAGCCUCAGGCUCUGAAAAUGAAGCUCCAUUCAGGACCGUCAGACAGACCUGGAGGGGCCCCAGUGAAAAGCUCAGGGAAGCAGCUGUAUGGUGCUCUUACAUGGAGGUGGGCAGACAAACACUGACAAAACCAACUAGUUUGCCCUCAUUUUUGAAGUCUUUUCUCUUAUUAUAAACAGAAAAUACAGUUUGAAAACACUCCUCAUGAAGUAUAAAUCAUAUUUGAGCUUGUCAGAAUAUGUUUUCUAGUGCAGGGAUGUCACACUUUGGUUUGUCGACUGCUGUUUUGAAGCCUCAAGUUUAGCAUCAAGCAACAAGUGACACACAGGUGAGAUUUACGCUUUUCUCAGAAGUGAAAAGACUUCAGGGAUGAAGAUUAACUGGUUGGUUUGACAAAUUUGCAUCCGGCUGACUUCCUCUUGUCUCCAUUAAAGAUCAGGGUGCAGCAUCUUCUCUGGGCUUUUCUGUGGUCCUGAUGUUUCAACACAUUGUCUCCUGUGGCUCACAAGCUACUGUGAUUUCAGUCGGACUUUAAACAUAAAAGUUGACAUCUUCCACUAUGAGCAGGAUGAGUCUUUAUUUGCCAGGUUAAUAAUUUCUCUGUUCCCUAACAGUGUAAAAUUGGAGUUAUGACAGUGUUAUUUUAACCAUCUGGUUUAUUAUUUGUACUUAAUUCACUUAAGGAUUUUAAAUUCUGUCCUGACCUGUUGGUCCAGUUUGUGUUUGUCAUACAACAUGUCUUCAGAUCUGCAACUUGUUUUUAUCUUCUUUUUUUUAUUUAUUUCAACACACUUUAUGCAUCUAAAUUGAGUGUGAAUGCCAGAUCAAUGCAAUCAUUUACAUGCAUGUUGGACACAACGAACAAAAAGAGUUAAAAGAGGUGAAUUUUGGUCGAGCGAAUCUUCCACGUGUAAAGUGACACAGUAACAGUCCUCAGCGGGAUGAACUGACACACUUUGUUACACACUUGACAAAACGUGCAGGGUACAGCUUACAGACAACAUCACAAAAUAUGUUAAUUGAACCAUUUUACACAGCAGAAAAACAUCCAGAUAUGUGCAAGUCAACAUGGUUAACAUCGAGACAGACUGAAGUUUCUGGGUCAGAUGUUCAGGUUUGAUGGUUUGGAUGAGCUGGUCGUUACCCUGCCUGUCUGUGUGUGUCUGUGCUGUUCUGUUCACAUCAACCUCAGUCUGUCGGCCGAGAUGAAAUGACGAAUAAAAUACCUUUUGGUUUAUCAUUAAUGUUUUUAUAGUCAGUGUUUUCUUUUCUCACUGGAAAUGAAUGUACGUCCCUAAUCCCCCCCCCCCCCCCCAAAAAAAAGUUGUGAUGCUGUUUAAAUUAAAACUGAAUUCAGUUCCUGAUAAAAAGGUUUUUCAAUGUCACGGCACUAUCAACCUGUUUACCUGUGAUAUGUUCCCUCAUAGGUGUUUUUGGAGCAUUUCCCAGUCGUUUGUUGCUCCUGUCCCAACUGGUUUGAAACAGGUUGCUGCCAUCAAAUUGAGAUUGACAACGUGCACAGCAUCCCAACUUUUUUAGAAUCGGGGUUGUUGAACUUUGUUGUUGAAAAUGUGCCAGUUUGGAUGCAGACUUGUGUUCGCUCCCGCUCUCUAGAAAUCACAGCUCGUAGAUUAUAAGAUAAACCUUUAUAGUAAACCAGGAAUAAGAUAAUAAGUCUUCUGUUGGCAGUAAGAGGGUGAGAUCUUUACUUUGAUAGAGGGAAACAAAGACAUUUCUCAGUCUGAUACCAUUCAGUCAUUCAUAGUUUCAGUCUUUGACAUUUUGCAUCUUGUACACCAAAACCACACAGUAGUAUGCAGUAAUAUGGAGUAUAAUUUAUGAGUAUUGUUGAGGGGGUUGUUCAGGAUUUAAUAUUGUUAAUGUUGAUGAUGAUGAUGAUGAUGAUGAUGUCCAUGGUAGCAAUGAACUGAGACUUAUGCAACUUCUUCUUUGCACUAGGGACGCUAGCCUGUGGCAGAGUCGAGGCCUGGUGGUCAGUGGUGUUUGGGAUCGAGCAGAGAAAAGAGUUAUCAGGUUAGCAAGAGGAGAGUUUUAUUUGAAACUGCUGAAGGUCGGCUGCAUAAAUGCAUAAAUAACUUUGGGUUACCAAACAGUCUGUCAGAUAAAAUAGGACAAUAUAAGACAUCAGCUUGAGCUCCAUGACAGUUUGAUUAGGAUUUUUUAACUUUCUUUUGACCAAACAAAUAAUCUCUGAAUCAAAAAAAUUUGACAGCUGUAAAUCCAUUUGUUGAUGUUGCCCUGUCAUCCAUCAAAUUAGCUGCUGCUUGUGUUUAAAUUGAGCGUUAGUUUAAAUGUUUCUGAGGACGAUCAGGACCACUAACACACUAAUGAGAACUUCUUCAGGCGAAGUCCGAGCUCAAACUCGGAGAAUGCCGUGUACAAAAAAAUCAAUUAUCCUAUGAAGCAUUUUUAGAAUAAUCUCACUCUUCACUGAUGACAUUAAGUUUUAGGUGGUGCAUGUGGACUCUAUCUUCAGUUUACUACAUUACUACAUUUCUGUUAAUCUCUUCCCAUUUGCAACAAUCUUGACUGUCAAAAUCUGCAGCUUUGCAUAAGUGUAAUUUAAAAAACAUCAGGAUUAGUUCAACAUUUGACUUAAUAAUUUUAUGCAUUUGGCAUCAUCUUUUUUUUCUUUAACAAACACAAAACAGGACCAGAAAGUCUGAACAAAUCUACUAUUUGUUUUACUGUACUGAAGCUCCAGAUCACUUAACAUCAGUACAUCAGUUUUCACUUGAACUGCAGUAAACAAACCCACUCCACGUGUUCUCAAUUCAGAUUUAAACAACCUAUUGUCAAACUUCCACCAGUCAGAGAUAAUCCAGUGCUGACGAGUGAAUACAGAACAUUCACUGCAGUAGUUUCUCUCCUCUGAGGACCCCAGAGCACCACCGUCUACCUGCCCUCAGCCUGUCUGUCUCUCUGUAUGCCUGCCUAAAGCAACCUGAUGUACAAAUGUAUUUGCUCUGAAGUAUUUUCUGUAAAAAAAAAAACAAAAAAAACAAAGACGUGUAUCCAUGGUGACACUGGGAAAACUCCCCCUUUGUCUUCAUGUUUAACUUUGUAGAGUCUGUGUUGAAAUGAGGUUUGUACCAUAAGCCCGGUUGAAUCCACACCUCCUCCAUGCAAACACAUCAGGACAAAGAGGUUGCAUGAAUGAUAUAGUCUCUAUUAUGGUACUGCUGUGCAUGUCUUGAGUCCCAUUCCUCCACUAUGCAAUCACUGUAACAUACCAACACAAACUACCAACAUUGAAAAGGGUGAAUGAGUGAACCAACAAUGUAUAAAAUGAUCAGAACCACUGGCUCUGUACAGUUGUUUCUUUGACUUGAUAAAUACAAAUUGUGAUAUUAAA